AAAACCGUUGAGUCUUUCACCACCUAGCUGUUGCUAGCUGUCUCUAAUCCCCCUCCCAUGUGACUUACCUCUCUCUCUUCUCUAUUCCAUUCCCUCCUUCCUAGUUCCCACCUCCUUCCGAAACAUCUGGACCUUGAAAAAACCAAUCAAAACGAACACACACACUAAAAUCUAAGAAACUAGAGGAGCCAAUAAAAAACCUUCAUGAGAUGAGGUUUUUAUGACUCAUACUUGGUUCUAUAACUCCCAUCCCUUUAAUAUCUCUAUCUUCCCCCGAGUUUGAGAAGCCCAAGAAUCAGAUUAUUGUUCCUGCAGCUGAGGUUGUUUGUGUUAGUUGUAAGUUAUUGCGAUUCCCCCCUCAUUCAUUUUCUGAAACACAUUCCCCGCACUGUAUUUUCGUUAUAUAUCUUGUGUAUUUGGGGUCACAUCACAUACAUUAGAAAUGGCACAGUUACCUCCCAAAAUACCAAGCAUCCCACAAAAUUGGCCUUCUUUUCCUCAUCACAAGAUGUCAGCUAUGGCUAAUUUCAAUCCUACUGACACUACCCAGCAACAACAACAGCAACAAAAUUCUUCACCACCAUCAUCACAACAGUUACCUUCCUGGGUCGACGAGUUCCUCGACUUUUCGUCAGCGCGGCGAGGUGCUCACCGGCGGUCGGCAAGCGAUUCCAUCGCGUUCCUCGAAGAAUGCCGGAGCUCCGGUUCUGCUGCGGGAGCCCAUGGGUUCGACAGGCUGGACGAGGAGCAGUUUAUGUCGAUGUUCUCCGACGACAUUUCCUCCGGUGGCUUCCCCCAGGCAUUGUCGAACGCUUCCACACCGUCCGAUCAAAACAGCAACAAUGAUGAGAAGCCAAUGGUAUUAGACGAAGUGGUCCCAGUUAAAGAGAAUCAGCAGCAGCAGCCACCGCUAAAGAAAAGUGAGCAAGCGGAGGUGGAGAGCUCGUGCAAAAAUGAAACAGCAUCACCGCCGUCGUCCGUUGCCCCUAGCAGCGUCGAAACUAUCGCCGAUCCUAAAAGGGUCAAAAGAAUAUUGGCGAACAGACAAUCAGCUCAAAGGUCAAGGGUGAGAAAGCUACAGUACAUUUCUGAUCUGGAGAAGAGCGUGACGACGUUGCAGACGGAAGUAUCAGCGUUGUCGCCACGUGUAGCAUUCUUGGACCACCAACGUUUGGUACUCAACGUCAACAACAGUGCCUUGAAGCAACGCAUUGCUGCUUUAGCCCAAGACAAGAUUUUCAAAGAUGCACAUCAAGAAGCACUGAAGAAGGAAAUAGAGAGACUAAGGCACGUAUAUGAGCAACAGAAGCUGCAGAAGAGGGGGAAUUCAGUCAACAACAACAACAUGAAUGGCAAUUCAUCAGUGCCCUUUGCUUCUAUUGAGAAGGAGCAGCUCUUCAGUUGACAAGUCACGUGCCUUUUCUCCUAACUUCAACUUACAUGCAGGGAUUGAAUUGCAAUUUCCACAUUUUGUGUUCGUGUUACAACCUUUUUUAAUCAGUAUGUUAAAAGCUUUUUUUUGUUUGGUUUGGUGGGAUAGGGAGACGAAAAAUUGUGGAUUUGUGUUGGGAUGAGUGACAGGUGUCAGAGAAUUCAUAUUCUCUUUUCUUGUUAUUUGUAUUUAUUUUUCCCCUUAAGGCUGGGGAUGUGUGAUUGCUGUAUUUUUCUUAUUCUGCUCUGCUAAUUCAGUUUCUUUUUUAAUAUUUUACUCUUUCUUUUUUCCAAAAAAAAAUGUAAAAAGAGAGUAAAUUGCAAGGAUAGUUUUUCUUACUUUUACAUGGAACUUGCGUUGACAUCUUUGUAAAGAUUUUUGUGACUGAAGCUUUGGAUCUCACUGUUAAUGAUCAUGUUUAAUUAUGAGCAGGAUCAUCUUGAGCAACCUCAUUUGUAAUCACACAAGGCAAAAAUGAGAAGAAGUCAAAGAUGCUGUUACCCAAAAAUUGUGUCAAGUAUGUCGCUCUUGUGAUGCAGAAUUAAAGCAAACAUUUUAAACUUUCUUGUGAUUCCCAAAAUCAUACUCCAGAUUGCUUCGUACUGUUAAGAGACAGACAAGAUGCCUGAUUGGAUUACCCAUUUAAUUGAUUGUUAUAAAGACAAUCAUCGUUCGGGUAAAAAAAAAAAAAAAACCAGAUACUCCAUUUUGCCUAUAAUUAAUUAUUUGAGUGUUAGCUGUGUUAUGGAUGAA